AUGCUCGUAUGGACCCUCCGUCGUGGCUGGCCAGAUGCUUCUACUCUUCAGUGGUUCAACACUCCAAAUAGUUACACUAAAGAAGUGCUUGAGACGGUUCCUGGCUCCCAGCACUUGGUCACGCACUGGACCUCAGAUCGUGAAUCUGCACUGCAGGCUAAUUUGGCAACAGGUGGGCCCCUGCCUCCAGCCACAUGCCAUCCACUCACCCCUGCUGCUGUGCCUUUGGGCGCCUGUGGAGGCCCCCCCACCGAUACUGCGCUGCAACUUGGCCAGGCGACUAAUGCUAGUCUUGGUGUCAGUCUUAGUUUAGCCACUGGUGGUGCAUUGAGCCAGGUGCCCCGCAAUAUGUUUGCUCCACAAGGACCUGAUCCGAAGGAGUUUAAAGAUAGACAAAAGAGAGUAAGUAUAUCGAAUAUAACUUUGAGAUUUAUCAAUUUUUUCACCUAG